UCAAGUCCGCUUUGUAAAUAUUACAAUUCGUAAAAAUUACGAUUCGGUAUAGCCGGAUGUUAUCAAAAUGUCUUCUUCAAAUGGUGCAUCAGUAGGUUUUCGCAGUGCUCCAGUAUGCAAGUUCCUUCUUGGAUCAGCUAUUGGGUCGUCAUUCUUACUGAAGUUUCCUCUCAAACAGCACCAUCAUACUUCAUUUACACGCACAACCAAGUGUUUUUAUAAAUACAGGGAAUUGCAGAUUUUAUGUUUGAAUGGCAUUGUACAAACAAUAUGGAGAGUGUUGACUUCAAAGCUGGCCUUUCUGGAUUUAAAGGACCUGUUUGUGUGCUCUAUUCUCAUAUACUACUUCAAAAUCUUUGAGAAAAGACUUGGCUCCAGGAAGUUUUUUUCCCAUUUGCUGGGAUCAGGAAUCCUGUCUGUAUUACUGGAACUAGCGUGUGUGUAUCUGUGUCGAGUGUUUGAAGUACCACUACAACCUUUGCCAACAGGACCGUUAUGCAUAAUAUACCCGAUGUUUGUGCCAUUUUACUGUGAUAUUCCACGAGUUGCACUGUCACAUAUCUGGGGCGUACCUAUGACUGGGAAAUCUAUAUCAUAUAUACUAGGUUUACAGGCAGCAAGUAGUUCUCCAGAGUCGUUGCUCGUUGCACUUUGUGGUUUGGUAAAUUCAAAUUUUUAUAUUCACUACACAUUCGAGCAGGGCCUUCCCUGGGCCUCAGAAAGUUGUAGCCACUUUUUGAGAGAAACUGCCAAAUUGAAGCUGACUUGGAAAUGGGGUCCGUCAGGUUUCAAUCAGACUGCCCAAAUAACAACGGAGUUAGGGCCCAUAGUACAGUUGCCAGGAAAGGGCAAAUCUGCUGUACCAAUUCGACGCAUUAGCCUGUAUGUUUGUGCGUCGUUCUGGUGA